AUGGAGUCACUUUCAGUGCUCCUCAGUGCUAUGAAAUGUGGGUGUGCAAUGUAAUGAUUGGGUCAUUGUAAUGUUAAACGAUUUAUUCCCCAACCUACGCGCUUGGAGAGAGUAUUUUCUGUUCCAAUCGUCAAUGAAAAGGCGUGACUAUCCGAAAUAUUCGACGAAUAGUGAAAAACGGGCGGGAACUGGAUGUACUGGUUGAGGUCUUUUGCCUAGGUAGGCUGCAGCGUGUGUUUAUUGAUGAGAUGAAAGAAGAUGGAAGUGAGAAAUGAAACAAAGUAAAAAAAUAUAUUAAAAAACUCAUACUCUUGCCUGGUGAAAAACGGGGAAGGAGUGACGGGCAAUCGCAACAACAGCACGAAAACAAGUUUAGAGUAAAAGUUUUUGAAGAAAGUUAUCAAGGGCUGACCACAGAGGCUAAGAUCAAUUUGAAUAAAUUCUGUUUGAGGUCACCUCCUUGAGUAUUGUGAUUUCCCUUGGUGAUAUUAGGUGCAAGGGGAUGACAGAGCGGGUUCACAACAUAAAUCUCCACAACUUCAGUAAUUCUGUACUCGAGACCCUCAAUGAGCAGCGUAACCGCGGACACUUCUGUGACGUGACCGUUCGCAUCCACGGGAGCAUGCUGCGAGCUCACCGGUGCGUGCUUGCUGCUGGAAGUCCCUUUUUUCAGGACAAGCUACUCCUGGGUUACAGUGACAUUGAGAUCCCUUCUGUAGUAUCAGUACAGUCCAUUCAGAAACUGAUCGACUUCAUGUACAGCGGGGUGCUGCGCGUCUCGCAGUCCGAAGCCUUACAGAUCCUUACCGCUGCCAGCAUUCUGCAGAUAAAGACUGUCAUUGAUGAGUGCACCCGUAUAGUCUCACAGAAUGUGGUCUUGGGUGGGACUAGUGGCUUCCCCUUCAUUCGAGAGGACUCUGUACAGGAGACCCCCAGAGGUACCCCAGAGUCGGGAAGUUCGGGGCCUAUCAGCGACACGGAGUCGGGGUACAUGCAGCCUUCAUCGCAGCAAAGUUUGGAGCGUGUCUACACGUCUCUCUACUCCUGCUCUAGCAUCUCGUUGCAGAACGGCACCCGGGAGCAGUCGUUCUUCGGCGGAUCCAUCGUAGGCAGCUAUGACUCUGCCUCCGCGGCACAGAAAGACCAGAACGGACAGGAUCCAUCCUGGGUUACUCGCAUCCACGAAAGGACGCAGCAGAUGGAGCGUUUUCUCUCGACCCCGGAAACCACCCACUGUCGAAAACAGCCGCGACCGGUGCGCCUUAAGACGGACAGCAUGCACAUAAAGCAGGAGGUGGAGGAUGAUUACGGCUGUUUCGGACAGGGCCGGGAGCUGGAGGAAUGUGUGGAGGACGCUGAUCAAACCGAAGGAGCUGAGAGUGAGCCCAAGGGAGAGAGCUUUGACUCUGGUGUAAGUUCAUCCAUCGGCACAGAGCCUGACACAAUGGAACAACAAUACUUGUCAGGCUUUGGAAGAGAAGGUACUGGGGAGGUCCUGCAAGGGGACGAGCCUCCUUUACAAAUAGAGGUGACUGACUCCUCCCCAGAACAGAUGAAUGAUGUUGACGAUAGAGGCACAUCACAUAACACAGGGGAGCUUAGUCUCGGGCAGACGCCUGCAAAUACCAUCAUAUCGCAGUCGCUGCCCAGUACGCAACUCUACAUACGUCAACCCGACUCUCUUACCAGCAACCUGAGAAUGCCUCUGACCUUGACCAGUAACACCCAGGUCAUGGGAACUGCUGGGAACACCUACUUGCCCACUCUCUUUGCCACACAGUCAGCUGGAGGCAACAAGCCCUUUCUGUUUAGCCUACCGCAGUCUAUGGGGGGUCAGCAGCCCCAGUUUGUGGCCGUGCCUCCUCCCAGUAUGCCCCCUUUUCCUAACCAGAUCGCAGCCCAGCAGCCCUCGACGCCGCAACAAGCUGGUGGAGGAAUGGGCCAGGGUGAGAAGAAGCCCUACGAAUGCACUCUCUGCAGCAAAACAUUUACUGCCAAACAGAACUAUGUAAAACACAUGUUUGUGCACACCGGUGAGAAACCACACCAGUGUAGCAUCUGCUGGCGCUCGUUCUCCCUGAAGGAUUACCUAAUAAAACACAUGGUGACACAUACAGGGGUGCGUGCCUAUCAGUGCAGCAUCUGCAACAAGCGCUUUACCCAGAAGAGCUCUCUCAACGUGCACAUGCGCCUGCAUCGCGGAGAGAAGUCCUACGAGUGUUACGUUUGCAAGAAGAAGUUCUCCCACAAAACCCUGCUGGAAAGACACAUGGCACUACACAGCACAGGUGGGAGCGGAAUGACAGGGGUUCCUGGGGCAGGGCCGGGGGCAGGGGCAGGGGCAGGGAGCCCCGUCUCCAUUCCUGUGCCCAUGGCCGUCUCGGAACCUGGUGCUGGAGCUGUGACCCUGUCCAUUCCUUUGAGCGGAGGAGCCGGAGUGGGGGUGGCGGCAGGGGUCGGUCCGGCGGGCAUGGGCGUGGCAGCGGAGGCUAGCUGCCAGGAGGGCACCACUUACGUGUGUUCGGUAUGCCCGGCCAAGUUUGACCAAAUUGAGCACUUCAAUGACCACAUGCGAAUGCAUGUGUCUGACGGAUAAGUACAAAAGCAAAGAGGACUCAUAGAAAGGCACUAGAUUUUUUUUUUGUUUCUUUUCCUUAUUUUGGGGUAUGAAGAGAAAUGAGUAUAGACACUGGCACAUUGUGUUUCCCAGACAAAACUAAAUUCUUUUUUGGUACUCUAAAAAAAAAACAAAGGAUGGUGGCCUUAAGGCUUAUGUAGUUCAGCGUCGGUCCACUGGAUGGACCCCUCACUACAGGCCUCCAAAUGUAUCCUUUCCUCCAAUAGUCAUUUAUGUGUUGAACACCACCAAAAGGCCUACUAUCUCUAAAAAAAAACAAUAUACACAAAUUUAUAUACACAAGCACACACACGAAACACACAAAUACCCAUAAAGCAGUACAAAAGUAGACCUUUUCCUAUACAGACCAUUUUGGACACUCUACGAGUCCAAACGUACUGUGGUAUGUGACUUCCUUCAAAAGAAUUUUUAAGUACCUGGCUUGUACUUUGAUUAAUUUAAAAAAAAUAUCAAUUGUCACAAAUUUGCCUUUUGUAUAGAAUAAGAAAAGGGGAGUUAUCAGUAUGACACUGGGUUAUUUAUUAUAAUGCUAUUAAGGGUUUACAUUGCAGCUAUUGUUAGAUACAAGUCAAUUUUCGUAAUUGUACAAUGUAACUUCCUGAAAGCGGUGAAAGAGUGAUCGCUCACUUCUUUGAUGCAUUUUGAUGGUUCUGGGAAAGUUUACGAGAUAGCAAUUUGUUUAUAUAACAGUAUUUGAGCAUUUUAUUUUAUUUUUAUUUUUGCUUUCACUGCCACUAAUACCUUAGAAGACUGUUAAGGCUAAUUAUUGACCUCUUCCAGUUAGAAAAUGUGAGCUUAGAAGAGUAGAAAGUUUUAAAAUAGAGGUUUUUUUUUAAUCAUUUUUAUAUUUUUGUUUAAGGACAUUAAGUUUGCAGUUUGGCCAGCAUUAUACUUGUAUAUGCCGCCAAUUAUUGUCUUCAUUUUAAUUGCUGCUCCUUUAUUGCAUUAAUUAACUUGCUUCAGACUGUUAUCAGCUGCUGUUUCCAUUUUUUUUUUAAUCAUGGUUUUCAGAUUCACUUAAAGGUUUGCCAAGAAUGAAGAUCACAGCAGUAGUCUGGAUUAGAUCAAGAAUUAUCAUGUUCAUUUUAAUCUCCCCACAAAAAAAAACUACAACCGUGUCUCUGAAAACCUCUGCUUUUCCUCUUAGCAACUGCAUGACUGAUGACUAGGCAGUUCAAAGUAAAUGCACUACUUCUGAUACACUAGCACCACCUGGUGGAUAAAAGGGGAGUCUGUUUUUCUUAGCAGAAAAUAAACUCGGAUACAGAAGGAAGGCCUUUAUGUUCCAAUGUUUCAUAUUAUUAUUAUUAUUGUUAUUAUUAUUAUUAUUGCUGUUGUUGAUGUUAUUGUUAUUGGUGUUGUUUUGUGAUUAAUAAUUAUAAUGGCAAUGACAAUAAUAAUAAUAGUAGUUGUAUUAUAUGAUUUGCUUUCAGAAUACUACCAAUAUAACAAACCCUAAAGAUGGAUAUCACAAUUACAUAAUAAGUACAUUCCCAUUUUUGGAAGUUCACAUAGAAAUACGAAGGCGGAGUGUGACGUUUUGAAUUUAAUGGGUUAUUUAUGUGUCACUCAAUCUCUCGGAUACUUGUUGCUUGUUGUAUUCCAUCAAGGCGAAGAAAUAAUGUUUCUGAAAAACACAACUGCCUAUGGUUAAAAUCUACAGAUUUUGCUCAUUAUUUGAGUAAUGGAUAUAGGUUGGAUAAUCUAGGAAAAAAAAUCAUUACAGGCUGCAAUUAGUGUGUCUUUUCCUUUUAGGAAAUUCACUAAAUUCUAGACGAAAACAGUGCGACGUUGCGCAUAUCAUGCAAAUGCCUGCGCUUGAUAUUGUUUAGUUUAAUAAAGGAAUUCUGGUGUUUUGUUAAUUUUUAAAUUAAAUAUUUUUCUUUAAAGCUUGAGAGAAGGACUGCAUUGUUUCCCUGCAUAUAUGUUGCACUGCUUAAACCAAUAAGUGCACUACUGUUACCAGAGUUGUUAUAGUUUUAGAGAAAAAUAAUAUUUUUUUUAAUUAAUGUUUUUAAGAUUUAGAAUUCAUUUUGUGUUAGAAUAGCUUUGUUCUUUUUAUAUAAAGUAAAUGUUUCUUAGCUUUUGUUAUUUCUUGCUAUGUAUGUAUUCACUUGUGCAGUAUUUGUGCAAGCAUUUUCCUUUGAAUCUGAACCAUUUUGUGACUUUGUAGGAUUUUUCUUCUCAUUUCUUCCUGUUCUUUUCAGUUAAUUCCCCAUUAACAGCAAUUAUUGUCAUGCAUUAGGUAGAGCAGUUCUGUUUUUAAUAGCAUUCAUACCAAACUCUGUAAAGCACACACAAAAAACAACAAAAAAAAUCUAGUUAGAAAAAAAAAAAUCAUACUCACUGUUUUUCUGCACGUGUGGCUAUACCUGAUGCUAUGUAGUUUAUUAUCUGUUUUUUUUUUUUGUACAGCAUUUCACAUUCGCUCUGGAAAAUGUGUACGCUUCUGUGUGUGUGCGUGUGUGUGUGUGUGUGUGUGUGUGUGAGAGAGAGAGAGAGAGAGGGAGAGAGAGAGAGAGAACGUGAUGUAUUUGUCCUAGUCCAGGUGUGAUUUCUGAAAAGUGGGGCUUCCUUUGCAAUAUACAGUGCAGGUACUGAUGAGAGAUAGCUGUCUUAGAUAUAUCACUGUUCUCAGCAUCACUGAUUAUAUGCGGUGUCUUGUCAUGCACAGUUUUGAACUCCUCCGUGAAAUCUUUAAAUAGGCCUUCUGUUAAACCCUGCCCUUUCGUUGAAAGAAAAUAAAUAUUUUCCAUGUUUAAUUCCUGUUUUAGUUUUGCUGAAUUUUAACUGGAUACGGAAAGUAGCAUUUAGAAAGACCCUAUUGCACUAAAUAUGUUUAAAUAUAUCCAGCUAUUUAAAAUGGAAAAUUGAACAUGUCUAGUAACUUGUUUAUUAAAAUACCAAAUUCACACUCUGUGGUGGCUUCAUCUAGUAAUGUGGCACACGUUUCUGCGUGGUGUUUUCCAUUUUAGAAAGUGUAUCUAUGUCGUGUAACAAAAAAAAAAUAACAAAAACGAAAAAAACUGACCACAACUGUAACUUUCGUAAGCUAACGUGUGUGGGUAUUCUUACAAUCCAUAAACUGUGACUGCCUUCAGUACAGUAAAAUUGCCAGAGAUACAUUUAAAGUCUCCAUUAUGGAUAUUUUACUGUGUCAUUAUCUGAUUAUUCUGAUUUUUAAAGUUGAUUAUAACAAAUUUUGCCAAGAAUUUUGAAAAUCUUUUUGAAAGGUCGUGGCAGUGGCGCUGCAUUUUAGGACAAAACCAUGAAAUUUAUACUUAUUGGAGUUAAAUUCAUACGUUAUGCAAUGCUUACAGCACUUAAUUUACUUUAUAUUUCUGAGCAGUGAUACAUGGUGCCUGUGUUGACCCAGCCUUACAUGGUCCUUAAAUUGAAGUAAGCAUUCACAACAAAGUGAAUUAUGGGGGGAAAAAAAAUCCCAUAAAUUUAAACUAUAUAACUAGAGGAAAAAAGCUAAGUGGUGAUGUAUAUAUCACCAUGUGAACGAGAAAAGUCUACUAAUAUGCAGAUGCCUUAUUAUAAAACCAUUGAAAACUAAUAACUGGAAAGCAUAGGUGAGAUGAGCCUUAACUAUAGACAAACAGCUUUCAAGCAUAAAAUAUAUGCAAUCAGUAUUCCUUUUUGUAAAAAAAAAAACUUCCUUGACACUUGAAACUUGAGGCACUACCACAAAGAUCAGAAAAUUGUCACUGCCAGCGGUAGUGUGCAGAUCAAAUCCCAGAAGUAUAUCAUAUAUAUGUGUAUAUAUAUGCGAUAUAUCUCAUCAGCGUUUUUUCUUUCAAAAAUCCCACAAACAUGUCAUUGUACGUUUUAUUUAUGGUUAAUAAAAGGAGACGCCUAAGUAACGUGAGUAAACGUUUUCUUUUUUUUUUUUUUUGAACUUUUGCUAUUUAAAGAAAUACCUUGUUUCUAUUUUCACAUAAUUGUCAACCGUAAUACAGCCUAAAAAAAAACGAAUCUGUGGAUGCUAUGAAAUUUGUUCAUCCUAUAAAAUAGUCAUAGGGCUCUCACCUUGUCUUAAAAACAAAAAACGCUUAAAAUCUGUAAUUUCUUCAACAUUUUUCUUAAGUGUAUCUGCUUAGGUUUCUCAUAGUGUUAGAAACUCAUUGUUCAUUCAUUGAAGUCGAUAAACUGCCAAAUUGAAGUGUAAUGGGCUCUUAUCUGUAGGCAAAUUUUUUUUUUCCCACGGACAGGAAACACGUCUCUCACCUGUUUGUUUAUUAAUAAUAACCCCUCUCAUUAGAAAAAUGGACAGCAAGCUUACUCACAGUCUGAUUAUGCUGCUUUAGCAAUGGUUAGAGAUCAUUGACAUUGAUGUGAUAAUUGUUUGUUACAUAUUUUACCGCAUGUUACUGUGUUACAUGUAUGGCCUGAGCUUUUAAAACUUGAAGAUAAAAAGAAAAAAAUCUCUCUCCACUUUCCUCAGACCCAGAUUUUCUACAUAAAUAUUUAUUAAUAGGCAUAGCCUCUUUCAGGUACUUUUUUCAGCCUUGAGUGAAACUUAAAACUGAAAUCAAUAACUUAACACAAUAAUUGCUGGAUGAAUAGGAUGGAUUGGCAUGUCCUGCUGUAAGUGAAACGGCUGCAUUUAGUGCAUGUGUGAGUUCCAUUUAAAGGGUACCUAUUUGACCUGAGGUCAGAAAGCAUCUGAGUGAUUGAUACUGUCUCAUCAGGUCAAUAUUUGAAAGAAACAAACCGAUGCUAAAUUUUGACAUUAUUCUUAUAAGUAAGGAAAGUGCUACAGAACCACUGCAUAUACUCCAAAUGUACAACGUAGACCUUAAAUAUUUUAACUCAUAUGUUUUUAAUUUAAACAAAUCUCCACUGAUACAAAUAGGUUUCAGUCAUUGCUUCCUGUGCCGUUUUGUCAUGCAUUUACAGAACACAUUCAUAUAAACAAUUUAGCAAAAAUUAUGUUCUCCGUUUUAACCAAAACAUUAUUUGGUCUUGCAUGUUGUAUUUACACAAGAUAGACAAACAUUGUAUAUAUACACAAUUUGCUUCAUACCUUUUGUGCAGUGAAUUUGAAUUAUAUUUGUCUAUUAUUUGUUUAGCUGUAGUUUUCCUCUAUAUUGGUUUUCUUUGCAUUUACGAAAUUGCAGAUUUUUGAAUACAGUAUUUAGUGGGUAAAGGAUAAUAAGCCAUUAAUGUCUCUACAUGGGCAAGCUUUCAGAUAUGGAAGUUUUUUCUAUAUGAAAUUGGACACGACUGAAAGUUAACAUUUUGCACUGAAUGCAAAGAAAAUUGUUACUGUGAUAAAUUUUAAUUGAGGACAAUAUGGUAAAAAUGUAUGCGUUUAAUUUCUGCAUGGUGAAAUCAUUUUGUAUCUCCUGAUUUCACAGCGCCAUAGAAAUAUCCCCUGAUUUGGAAUUCUAUAAUAAUAAUAAUAAUAACAAUAAUAACAAUAAUAAUAGUUGGUUUAACUGCACUAAAAGUCACAUUUUAGUACUGAGGUGAGCAGAUCUUCCUAUUUUAAAACAUACAAUUUAACAUGGAUUGUCUUUUGGGAGACCUGUUAGUACAGUAGCUGACAUACCCCUAAAGGUAACUGUUAACUUAUCAGUGAGAUUGAUUGAUUAUUUUAGUUUUUCUGUUUGUGUGUGGCUGAUGUUUUUUUCUGCGUGAUUUUAUCUGCUUUUUAUUUGAUUUGUAUUCAAUGACUAUGGUAAAUAUCUACAAUUCUCAACAUAGCAUUAUGUACCAGUUGAAUUAAUGGGCACCAUUACUAUUUACUUCAGUAGUACCACUUCACAAGCCAAUAAACUCAUAUUUUGUAUUUACACAAGUCUUUUACUAUGAAAUACUUUUUACAGGCACUAAACUUUUAAUCCAUCAACAUAUCUUACAGAUUAUAAGGAUGGCUUAAGAUGUAAUACUUUCUUGCAAGCUUUUAUAAACUAGUGUUAAAGUAUAUUGGUAGUCUAUGUAUCAAGUGCCUAUUUGUAUAGAAUAAAGUCCUUUUCCUUAGUAGAUGUUUAAAAUAUCACAAUUUACCAUUCAGCAUAUUAUUGUAACAUGUAUUUUAAUGUACAGUAUACAUUUAGAAAAUGUUGGCAAGUUUUUUUUUUUUCCCGAGAAAUCAGUACUUACAAGUCUAUCUAAAAAUAACCGGUCGUCAUACUUCUAAAUUACGAAGCAGCAAUAAGAAACAAACUGGCAUAUGAAUCUUUUUAUUUAAACAAAUGUGUAUUUUAGUGGAAUAAGCAGUGCAUGUUUACGUUUGGAUGGAAGCAACAUUGCAACAUUUAAGUAUUUUUAUUUAUAUCCUGUUUGAUAUAUUUACCAUUGAUCGCUGAUUUUAGCUUUGUAAUUUCCCUGACUUGUCACACGUCACAUUUUUUAACAUUGUGCAGUUAUUAAUGUGUCAUUUCUCUUUGCUCUUCCUUACAAUAAUAAUAUUUGAUGGUGCAGAAUAACCAAAGCAGAAUCAUUAACAGGAUUUUUGUUGAUCUUUCCUAAUUAAUAUCUUUUAUAUUUGGUUAUUGUUGAAUCUAGCUGACAAUAACAGUAUUGUAAAUUUUAAAACUGUAUACUUCCCUCAAAUAAUUAUUUAUUUAAAAUAUACCAUUUUAGUUUAUUUUUUUUAAAUCAUGUUUACCGUGUUUUUAGGAUAUUUCUCCCCCAGCAUUUUACUUUUAAUUAAGAAUUAUGACAUUAUGUAUCGUUAAGAAAAUCAUCUGUUGCUUUAAAGCUGCGCUUUUGCCCUUAACAUUAAUAAUGGUAAUAAGCAAGUAUACAGUUAUUUUCAGUAUAUAUUAAUUCCAAAAGUAACUGCAAUCACAAUUGUUAAAAAAGAGAAACAGCAAUGGAGGUCUAACUGAAGAAUGAUUAAACUCAUAGUCAUAAUCAAUGGUGCAUUAAUUUCAGUGCUUUGUGAAAAACAAAUACAAAUUUUAUUGUAUCCUGAACCGUAACAUUUAUCUUUGUAUUAACUAACUUGAAACAUGCAUAACUUUACUGCCCGGAAGUGACUUCUCGUACAUUGCUUAAAUAUGAAUGAAUAUACACGGAUAUGAAAAUCCUGUACAUAAAAGCCUGACCUAAACCCGUGGAAGCAUGAUGGUACGCUUUUCCUGCAGAUCCUUUGGCAUCAUCACAGUUAUCACUCAAACUGUCCAAACCGCAUCCCAUGAAGCCAUUAAAAGUUGUAACAUUUUUAGAGAUUCAUAGUAUCUUCAAUAAAUCUAACGCAGCUUCACAUUCAAUUAUUCAAAAAAAAAAAAAAAUGCUGUACGAAAUGCAAAUCAUUUAAUCUGAUUUUUCCUACAGUGAAUUACAAUAUGAGCAGUUUGAAAUUGGUAUAUAUAUAUAAAAAAAAUGAACAAAGUACAAGGAAACAUGACAACAAUGUAACCGAAAGUCAUUGUUCUGGGGAGAAACAUUAUAGAUUUUAUCAAUACAAAGUGUAAUGUAUCCUAACCUUCUCUAUGUGUGAUUUAGAUUGAUUUAGGUCCUGUGUAUGAUCUUUGAUUCAUCAGAUCAAAUAUAUAAACAGAUAGUCUGUGCAAAGAACAAUUGAUUACAUUUAUUUAAUAUGACAUAUGAUAUACUUCUGUAUUACUUCCAGAACUGGAAAAAAAAUGUUAAGAUUUACAUAUUGUGUGCAAGCAAUCAAAUUCUGGUAACAGUUGAGACUAAAAAGGUUUAAUAACAGCCAUUACACUUUUGAGACAUAUUCACUUAAUUAAGCAAAUUUAGCUAAUAGUGAGUAAGACCAGUGUUUGAGAAUUUCUACUUUGUCCUUUUUUAUCCAGUGUAGCAUUUCGACCUGAGUGUUUCAAAUCUCCAGAAAAGAACAGUAUUUGAAAAAUAUGACACCAUGCCCCACCCCCCCCACCCCCCCCCAUCAAGCACGCACAGUGAAACUGCUUUGAUAUGAAUUUAUAAAGUCAUAUCUCAUGAUAAAAUGUAUUCCGAUUUGGUGCAGAAUAUACAGUAUAUAACUGAAACAUAUAUUUAUAUAUAUAUAAAAAGGAUUUUGGGUGCAGUUCAGUUUGAUUAGUUUUAUGUAGAAUAUAGUUUCUUGUAAUAUGUUAAACAAUUAGAGUGAAUUCCAAUCUAAGUCCAUCUGAAAAGAAUGAAUAUAUGAAUGUUGAUUGAAGUUCCAUGUAGAAUCCAAAUAAAUAUUAUAUAUAUAUAUAUAUGUUGUCUAACCAAGAAUGUUCCCAUCAAAUGAGAUCCCCAUCAGGUAUUUGCAGUCAUAGAUCCCUUUAAGGAACUGACCUCUUGAUUCUUGAAUGUUGACAAAAGUAUAUUAUGUAUUUUUCAUACAGUUAUUUUUUGUUGUGAUUUCAGUAUAGCUGUAAUAUCUCAUAUUAUUUUAAGAAAGGCUAUAGAUACCAGAGUCAAAAUUUGUCUUCGGAGUAGGAUGUCAUACAGGACGUUUGCAGACAUUGUGCAAACACUGUGCAUUAUUUUCUUUCAAUGCCACAGAAUUAAUGACAUGAUAAUUAUGUGAACGUUAUGCCCUUUAAACCAACAGUGCAAUAGAUAGUGAUGUCAGCUUAUAUAAAAGAUAAAAACUGCAUCUGUUUCAUUAGUUAAAUGACCAAAAAUACGUAGCAAAUUUGACCACCAAUAUUGUCUGUGCCUUAUUCAGUAUCAAUAUUUAGUAAUACAGUAGUUUGAGCAUCUAUAAAUCAUCUGUCUUCGCCGAGUCAUUAUUUGAAAUUAAAUACAUCUAUUUUAUACAAGGUGGCUCAGAAGAAACUAUCCACUGGGCAAGAUAUCUGGAGAAAAACAGUGAAAUCUGGAGUUAGGGAAAGAUGCGGAAUGGAUGGGUGGUUUGAGAAGGAGAAAAAAAAAACGAAUCAAGCGGAUUUUUUUUUUUACCUGUACUUUAAGUUGAGGAAAUGAACAGAUAGAUAAAAAUACAAGUUAUAUAUUGUUUUUUUCUGAAAAAUAUUUGACAGAUAUUCAGAUGAAAUUUCUUCAGUUUAGUAUGGAUUCCACAAGAUGCUGAGCUAUUAUAUAAUUUCUUUAUACUGUUAAAGCCAGAAUACUGCCUUUUAUUUUUACUUGAAGUGACUUGAAUUCUGAGUAACUGCAAACGAUGAGCACACAUUUAAUUAAAUCUAAUUCUUUUACAAGACCUGGACAAUUCAAACCUUAGUCAAAGGUUGUCUCCCACAGACCUACCUGUAAGCUUUUGCUGUUACGUGAGGGAAUUAAGUAUGUGCAUAGGUCCAAGCGUCUGCUCUGAAAUGACUUGUUUCCGUGGUUGUUAAGUUUAAGCUGAAAUGUGAGUUAGUUAGUGUUUUGAUACUGUAUGACAGUAUUGUGGUAUAGAAUGUACCUUUGAUGGCCUAUACCCAUGAGAAUACAACAUAGAAUGGAACAGUGAAAGGAUGCAGGCACUCUGUUAUAUAUAAUGAGAAAUAUUUAUGUAAAUUCUCUAAUGAACUAGUUCCUUUAUAUUGCUGUACAAUUAUGGUCUUCCCAUUCUUAAUAAAAAGGCCUAAAAAUCUAUUUUUAUUUCUUAGUUAUUGAUUUAAGCAGGACACAGGACAGGACUGGACAGAUCCCUGAAAUGGAUUCAUUGCACACUAUUUUGUCAGAUCAUUUUUAUUAUUUGCUUAGUACCAUGAGACACUUAUCUGAAUAGUUUGUCGCCAUCUGUUCUUGACCAAAGGUAUUGUUUUUAAGGCAAGAUUCGGUAUGUAUUGAACAUAAUUAUGCUUCUCGUUUUAGCACUCAGACCCCUUGUGUUGAACAUGCUACAUACUAGCGAGCUGAUAUUGUUUGUUUUUGUUGUUUUUUUUUAAUCAAAGACCACUAGGGUGGCAGGUCGACAUUGACUCCAUGGUUGUUGUAUUUCAUGUCUGGGGUUUAUGUUCUAUAAUGAAUGGAAUAAUGUGAAAAAUAUCUGAGUGUAGAUCCUCAGCAUAAAAGCAUUUGUUUGCGAAUUGGCAAUGCUAACAUGAAAUUUGAUCCAUUAAUAUGUGUUAGAGAAUUUUAUUGUACCAGGAAAAAUAUACAAUUACCGCCUGAAAUAAAUGUUUGGCAAAGGUAAACAGAUCAAGUUUUACAAGUAAAGUUACUCAUGACUGAUAAUCACCGAUACAGUAAAUUUCUUUCAGGAGUAGCCUGACAGAUAUAAUGCUUAAUUGUUCUAUUUGGGUUGUUGAAUAAUGUGAGACAACCCUCCCCUUACAUUACAGGCUUAACCUAGAUGGGUAGGUUCUAGUAGUGACUAUUGUAUAUUAUAUUAGUUAAUAAUCAGGACUGGUAUGCCGUUCUUGUUCAACAGCUUUUAUAACAAAUGCAUUUUUUGUUAAAUUCCAUAAAUCAGACCUUCUGAUGUGCCAUAAAAUAACUUUGAUCCACUUAACUCAGAAAAUAAUACUAAAAGCACUACUUGGAGCAAUGCUCCUCUCAAAGAACGCCACUCACGUCAGUGCUGAAGCAGUGUGGAUGCUGCAGAGAUCCAGCAAACCCAUAAAUACACUAAUGUCACUUAAGCUAGCUUAAUCGAGGGUCUGGAGUAUGCCACAAAUUGAAUAAUCUUCUGUUACUGGUCAGAAUAACAACCUUCAUAACAUUUGCUUUUUUUCCCCGUGUUUAUUUUACUUAUAUAAAAUAAUAUGAUUUAACAUUUAUAGUAAUUGCAGUGUAUUUCUUGAACGAAUGAAACAACUAGAUUGGUGGGACACAUUAGUUACAAAUUUGGAACAAUCAAUUGACACAGCAGUUUUAUAUUGUGUUUUUUUUUUAUUCUACCCAGUGUUACAUUGUAGACAAUCUAAUUAGAAUAGGGCUGAAAUGUAGUAUGUCUUAACAUACUGGUAUUUUUUUGUAAAAAUUUUUCGGCAGUGUUAAUUCCCAGAAGCUUCCCAAUUCAAGCAAUUAGGCAUUUCAUUAGGAACUCUCCGAUACUCACUAGAGAAAUUAUCAGCUUUGUUUAUACCAGUCCUAAAAUUUCGAAAGGUACGGCAAUCCUGAAGUGAUUUAUGUUGAAAAUUUCAAGUAAAAAAACAUGCUUUUUUUGAAUAAAGGACCAAAUAUCCUAUUUUGGAAUGGUAUAUCGACAUUUCUUCUUUAAUUAUAAGAAAAACCAUCAUUUAAUUCCAAAUCGUAUUUUAAUUGCACACUGGGAAUUUUUUCCGAUACUGUGUGAGAACAAGGUCAAUCACAACUUGUGCAGGAGGGGUCAGCAUGAGUGAGGCUGUGGCUGGUAUAUGUUAUAUGUCGUCACAUAGCCAGUUCCCCUGAUCUCAGCUUAAAUAUCUAUUUCUGGUGAAUCUGUUAUAGAAAAAGAUUACUACUUUGCAUGAUUAAUUGUCUUGUCGAUGGGACACUAAUAAUGAGUAACAGUCACCGAUACAUUACAGACUAAUAUAAAUGAUGUUUUAUUUCGUUAAAAAGCCUGAGUCUGCAUCAUUCCAGCUUAGCACACUAGUCAAAGAGAUUAACUAAUAACUAAUACUUCAGCAUACUAACUCAGUGUAAACGUGAGUCCAGUUUGGCAUGACAUUCUCAGUGUCUCCUUAUUUAAUAACACAUUGUAAAUGUAACAUUACAAUUUUAGUACAAGAGAUCAGAGUCCCUGAUCAUUUUAAGACCGUAAACUGAAUUUUUAUUUUAACUUUUUCUAUAUCCCAUAUUUCUGGAAAAGACCCUUGUUAUUCAGUAUUGCCUAUAUUUUGUACUGUGUUAAAGAACCUACAGAUAUUUUUAUUGCCCAUCUUUUUGGCAUUCUCAUUCGUGAUUUCAUCUUGAAUUACAGAAAAUAAAUAAUAAUAAUAAUAAUAAUAAUAAUCUUGAAAACCAAGCUUUUGUGGUAUCUAAAUGGAAAAACCAAGUUUGCCCUUAAGAAUAUGCUGCAGUAUUUUUGUUUCAACUUGUAUCCUUGUGUUCAGAGAUGGUUUAAUUAUGUUUCUAUUGUUGUGAUGAAAUGAAACAAGUUUGUUAUGUUAUAACUGCUGUUUUGAGGUAGAUAGUAAGUGGAUUUAUUUAAAAAAAAUUGUGGGUGUUUGACUUGUCAGGAACACUGGACUGUGAGUGUGUUUCCAAAUAUUUAAUGACUAAGGACUACAAUUAAAGAACUAAACAUAAUCAUUGUGGAAAUCAACAUUUUUAUUCCCGUUUCCCACAAAGGCUGGAAAGCUACCCUGCUUCAGAGGGAACUGCUUAGAAUGAGCACUCAUCCUAACUACUCAAAUUUUGUCAGUACAAAAUUUGUCGGAGGGCAGGAUAUUUUUACCCCCAGUUCAUUUGGUUUGGCACUGGAAGUAUUGAUUAAAGUAAGCAGAGAUGACAUGUAUGGCACUGGUAUGAAUGACAUCCAGUUAUGGAGAUAAUCCAAAGCAAAACAAGUGGCAAAAUCUAUAUUCCCAACCGAAAUAGUUCUGCACAUGUGAUAAAGGUGAAAAAAAGAAAACCGUAUGUGACUAAUGAUCCCAUGACAAAGAAGUUCAGAGAUUUGCACUAGUCAGCUAUGUUUUCUUGGAUUAAUAGCAAUAUACUUGAGAGGAUAAACGCACUUGCAAAUCAAAUAAAUUUGGAACUCUGUAUUGCACUAUGAUAGUGCUGUGUAGAAGAUGACAUCUGAGAAGGAUUUUUAAUUUCUGCAUUGAUAUGUGAAAUCUGUAGUUAUACAUUUCAGGCAUGUUACCGUCGAGGUCUGUAUGAUGAUAUAUGAUAGCUUGAACACAUUAUUGAAUAAUUUUACUUUAUUUGCAAUUAAACCAUUAAUAGUACAAUAGGUAAAAUAGAGAACAAUAGAGUUGUGGGCACAUUAUUUUCUGUUUGUUUCCUCUAGUGAUAUGUUUGGACAAAUGGAACUGCACUUAAAUGCCUUUAGUGUAAUUACACUUAAUAAGAAUUUAAAAAUUGGAUGGACACCAAAAUAAACUUGUUAUGUAAAAGGAAUUUUUUAAAUUGCCUUUCACAGUAAAGUUUCUCUUCUCUGACUGAUGGAAGGAAAAAAAGUAAAUGGAUUUAAAGGCUUUCGAGAAAGAUUGAUAUAUAAAAUCAGUACACUCAUGAUCGCAAUGAUUUUUGUUGUUGUUGUUAAUAUCAUUAUUAUAAUUAUAAUUAUAACACUAAUAAUAAUAAUAAAAUAAUCUAGAAUGAAUAAAAUAGCAAUAGUAGCUAUCCUGUUAUUACAGCUUUGUGGUGUUGCUGAAUAACGAUGUUGCAGUUUGUCUAAAUCUGUUGCGUGUUUGAGGAAGCAAAGGUGCGUGCCUUCUUGUAGUUUUUUUGGUGAGCUUAUUGCUGUUCAGAAGCUGAAGCCAGCCAAUUGUGUUUGCACUAAAACCAAAUGCUUUUGUGAUGUAGAGUGUGUAAGUAAGCGUGUUGCUUCACUUUGACAGUAUGCAUGAGUAUGAAAUUGGCAAGUCCCAGGGCUAGGAGAAUCAUUUGUCGAAUCACUGCUUAGAAAAUCCCCAGAAAUAAUCUAUAUUCCAUGUCGUUUUUAGAUUUGGUACUAUCCCAUCUCAACAUAAAUAUUUAUACUGAUCUAUAAUUCCACUAAAAAUAAUUCCAUUCAAUAAAUAGUUGUGAUACAUUAAAAAAAAAAAAAGAUGAAAACAUGGUUUUUGUAUGAAAAUGCACUUACUGUUGUAAUAUAAUGUAUGAGGUCGCCUCAAGACCAUUGGCCAGUUUGUUUGGUUUAUUUAUGUAAUUAUAUUUUCUGUUGUAGACUUAUUUUCUUUGACAAAAAAAUUAGUUGAAGAAAAAAAACAAAAACAAAUGCUUUGUCUUUGAAAUGCACCUUAUUUAUGCUGAUCUGAAAGGAGCUGAUUGGCAGUCCAGUAUCUCUGUUUUAGUACUUUACUUCACAGCAUGUUUUACUUCAGUGUAUUCUUUGGUUGUUUUCAACAUUAUGCUUGUUUUACUAUACUGCCAUACAUAUUAAUAAAAAAAAACCUUUAUCUAUUUUCUAGAAAUAUUUAAAGGGAUGUGCCAAAGUGUUAGAGGCGAUCUCCCAAGUUCAUUUAAUUCAUUUGUUUGUACAUUCUUCCCUCUUUCUUUAGUUACAGCAAUGGUAUGUGCUUUAUAAAAUCAUACAUGUACACUCUAUAAGUGCGUUAAACAGUUUAUUUUAGCAACCGUAUCCUUACUUGACAUUUACACUUAGCCCUGUAUUUCACGUAUAUUUACUAGUGAUGUGUAUAUGUCAUAAUAAAGAAAAUUGCCGUAAUGCUUCAUUAUGUUACAUAUUAUUGUGACUUUUUUCGAAAUACUGUGAAGACUUAUCUUGCAUAUACUUUAUACAGAAGUAUUAAGCCUUAAUACAAAAGUCUAAAAAAAACUUGGUGUGGAAGAAUAAACUGAUUGUUGCUAAGUAAGGAUGAUUUUUUGUAAAUGUUACCAGCACUUUUUUGUAAUUUUCACUUUCUGAGGUAUUGUACAAGUUCACGCUGUUUGUGAAGUUUGAAUAUGAAGGAAUAAAAACUCUAGUACUUUCCUGUACAUUA